CCGCCCAAGACUCCUCUCGCGACCCUCCCGACAGUCGUCGAGGACGAAUACGAAAAGACAGAUCACCCCGAUCGUGUUGGUUGAGCGGCAGCAUACGGCCUAGAGUCCAGACCGCCGGCUCCCGGCUAAGCGACGACGGUGACGCAGCUCGCCAACGGUUCAGAUAUACGACUCGCGGGGUACAGUGCACUCAUCAAAAUCAUAACUGGCAUACGCUGUUUUGAACGACCAAGAUGCACCACCGUGCCCACCCUGGCCUGGGGCUCAGUUCCGCGUCCUCUUCCUCCGGAUCCUCGCAGACGCCCACCCCGAUACGCUCGUUGAACGUCUUUAACCCGAAAAUCCUCGACGCGAGCGUCCGCGACGUGACCGCAGGACUCUCGGACGAGCAAAAGGCAGACGUGCUGCUGUACGCGAUGAGCCACCUCGAGCUCGAACGAUCUCGAACGCUCAUAGAGAACGCGGUGCAGUCCUGCCUGUCGAUAUCCAGAUUGCCAGCCGCAAACGCAGCGAAAGCUCGCCUGAUGCGGGCAAAGGCCAGGCUUGCGGCUGGGCUGCGCGUCGGCGCGCGACAAGACAUCCAGGCGGUCCUUGAACUGCAACCGGACAACCUAGAAGCGGCGGCGCUCAUGGCAGAGUAUGGCGUGAGCUCCGACAAGCCCGUCAUCAAGCCGCACGCGACGCCGGGGUUCUCUACAGAAAUUUGGCGGGAAAUCGUGCUGUGGCUCCCACCUAGGGACUGGAAGAGCCUCCUCCAGGUGCCCCAUGUCCUCGGACGGAUCGCGAGCGAGCUGCUCUUCCAGAGGAUAGACCUGCACCUUGCGUCCGAGAAACGAGAGUCGCAACGCAGCGCGGACAUCCUGACGCGCAUCAUCACCGACGGAGACUUCGCCAGCCAUGUCAAGACGCUGCGCGUAUUCGUACCCGGGCGGGAGACGUUCCCGAUAACCUUCCAGACCGGGAUGUUGUCGAACGCACUCCCGAAGCUCACCAACCUCAGGAACGUGCACUGCUCGAUGCGGUGGAAGGACAUGUACUCCGUGCUUCGCGUCCUGGAGACCAUCAGCCACCGUCUUACGGGCCUCUCACUCAUGUACGUGUGCCCGCUCUCUGUUCCUGACCGGGGCGGCGCGCUGACGCGCCUCGGCGGACCCAGGCCCUCGGACGGCACCGGCGAGCUGCGCUUCCCGCGCUUCAAGCACAUCAUGCAGUUCUCGUACCACUCGACCGGCGGCGCGACGACACAGGUGUACGACUUCCUCGUCCAGAACAAGUCCUCCAUCCGCUACCUGUCGCUGCACAACCCGAACUGGAGCUUCCCGACGGAGGCCGUCUCCAUCCGGCACCUGACGACGCUCGACUUCCAGGGCACGUUCCCCGCGGACUCGCGCGCGUUCGCGGAGAUCCUCGCGAAUGGCCACCAGCUCGAGUCGCUCCGGCUGGAGUGCAUCCUCGAGUGCACCGCGUCGAAGCAGUUUAGGGAGUUCACCACCGCGCUGCCGUUCCUCCACCACUUCGCAUUCUCGUUGAUGGGCUACCGCGUCAACGACCACGACCUGUUCCCGGCCAUCGCUGAGUUCCUGAAGGGCAGAAACGCUCUGCGUUCACUACAGCUCACCGUGCCCAGCGCGGAUUGGGCGUUGAAGCGGUUAGGAUACGACGCGACCGUCUGGGGAGUCCUCCCAUCCCUCACGAGCCUGAAGGCUCUCACUGCAACACUCCCAAAAGACGUCGCUGCGGCGGUGGCGAUGUGGUUGGUCCCUCGAGGCGUCCAUGCCCUGUCGUUGCAGGCGUUAACCCCUGUCAACACCAUCGAGUUCGUUUCGCAACUUCGCGCGGGCCUGCCUCCGCCGCUCACGUACAUCGGGCUGAGCCAGUUCCACGUCGAGGACGCGACGGCGGUCAUCGAGCAGGGCUUCCCGAUGGUGCGCAUCGCGCGGAUCGACGACGACUACUUCACCGUCGCGCGCGUGAACGGGAAGAUCAAGCUCGACGAGUGGCCGAAGGGCCGGACGCAGUACAACGCCCGCGAAUGGCUGGCGUGCUAUGGCUGCGAGGAGGCGGAGUGGCGCGACCCGACGCAGUUCCUUUAGAGUGCGCAUGCUAGAUCCUCCCUUCUCUUCAUGGUUUCCCACCACGGAGCCCGGUUUAACGGCCCACAGAUUAUCUGUUUACUCAACUGCUUGCUUGUCUCUUGCUAUCCGCGCUUUCGUUCUCCUUUUGGGUCAUGCUACACGGUGCCUAUUUCGUGCCUCCUCGCGCUCGGGACUUGCUUGUGGUUCUCCUCCUGUAUAUUAUGAUGCUGUGGAUGUAUAUCCCUGUGCUUUGGGUGCAGCUGUCGCAUUCCGAAUCCGAACCUGCACACAUGCUCGUGCUCCGAGUCCACCUGGAAUGCCAAGAACAUCAAUUGUGGCGGCCCGGCGGUUAGAGGGCUACCGCGUCAGCGCACUGUUUACGCGACCCUUGCAUGAUCCCCUCAUUCUCCCAGUCUCCUCGUUCCACACCGCCUGCAAUGUUUCUGCUCCGUGACAUAUCCUCGCAUUUUUGUGUUGCGAAUAUCCGGGCUCGACAACCGUGAACACCGCGUGGAGGCCGCGCUGACUGAGCUACGCCCGUCACGUGUGCUUGCGCUAUACUUGCGCAGGAUGGGCGCAACCGCUCCUCAUCGUCCCAACCUCGUCCCCCCGCAUGCGCAGCCAUCUCGCCGCCCUCUUCGCUCCUUUCUUCCGCCCCACGACCUCCUCAAGAGGCAUCAGCUCCCAACAGUUCAUAUCGACCAUGUCCAGUGCGCAGCGUUCUCAACAUUGGAACGUGCUCGCUCUGACACUCGCACGGGUUCACAGGCGGAAUACCUGAAGUCGCGACGUUCGCGGAGGGCUGCUUUUGGGGCGUCGAGCACAUCUUCCUCAAGUACUACCCGCCGUCUGAGAACAAGGGCAUCCUCAAGACCGCCGUCGGGUACACGGGCGGAAAGGAGGACGCGAAGAACCCGGACUACCGGACCGUCUGCACGGGCGCGACGGACCACGCUGAGGCGGUUCGGAUCGAGUUCGAUCCCAGCAUCGUCAAGUAUGACGAGCUCGUAGAAUUCUUCUACCGCACCCAUGACCCUACGACCAAGAACCAGCAAGGAAAGGAUGUUGGAACUCAAUACCGCUCGGCCAUCUUCUACCACACGCCCGAGCAGCUCGAGAUCGCGAAGCGCGUCACGGAGGAGGUGCAGAAGAAGCACUUUGAUCCUAUUGGCAAAAAGAUCACCACCGAACUCGUCUCCGCGGGCGAGUGGUGGGAUGCGGAAGACUACCACCAGAAGUACCUCUUCAAGAACCCCGAUGGAUACCAAUGUCCUAACCACCGUCUCCAUUGGUGAGGAUAAGCAGCGCACACAAAGGAAGGAUAAUAGGCCUCAACCAUCGGCUGAGGAGUGUUUGUUCGGCCCCACCCGGUAAACAAAGCCCCAAAGGAUGUACUGUGUGCAGAUCGAAUAGAUGAGAUAGAUCAGGAGAGAUAACGCGC